GUGUAUACUCGCCUACCCGUGUGUUGAACUGCUCCUCUCUAGCCUACCAGCAUUCGCACUUUCGAGCCCCCGAUUCGGACUUCCCACCACUACCGAGGAUGCCGACCUAACGACGACGUAUAAAACGAACCUAUCUUUCCUCUAAACACCACGUCAGCAAAGGGGACACCUGCGGAUACACACAUACACCCCGUACGACGGCCCUCUACACUGCGUUACCCCGGCGGGACCCUGCGUUGUGAGAGCAGAGACGUGACGGUGCGGCUGCGUUGGGUGUUACUGCCAUGAUCGGCGCCGUGCCGUUGCUGCUGAUCGCAGCCGUUUUUUAUUGUCUAUUCAACAUCGUCUCUGGGCUUUCGACCAACAUCGCCGCCGCGAAGCGCUCCGGCCUACCCUACUUUGUCGUCCCACUUAGCCCAUGGAAUCGCGUCGGACAGAUAUUUCACAAAUUCUGGGUUCCCGUAUACAGACUGCUCCCACGCCGGUGUUGGGAAGACAUUGUGGUCGUCUUUGACCCUAACUGGCAUUACGUCCUGAAUCAUAAGGCGUUCGCUAAGCUCGGGAACACCUUUCUGCUCGUCUCGCCAGGAACAAUCGUCUGCUUCACCGAGAAUGCCAACGUCCUCCACCAGAUCACGUCGAAGCGGGAGGCCUUCCCGAAGCCGACGGAGGCCUACGCCAUCCUCGGCCAGUAUGGCCAGAACGUGGUCACCCUAGAGGGUUCCGCGUGGCGCAUGCACCGCAAGAUCACGUCGGCCUCCUUCAACGAGAAGAAUGCGUCGCUCGUGUUCCGGGAGUCUGUCAGCCAGACCAAGGGGCUCAUUAACCUGUGGCUCGGCCCCGACGGCCUCGGCAACAAGACCUUCAAGACGAUCGAGCAGGACACGGCGUCCCUGAUGCUCAAUAUCAUCGCCAACAUCGGCUUCGGCCUCAAGAUCCUCUGGCCCGGCGAGGAGUUCCCCGCCGACGCCGACCCGCGGCUGGCCAAGUACGCGACCCAGGAGCCGCCGCCGGGCUACACGAUGAGCUUCGGCAACGCGCUCGCGCGCACCUUGGAUUACCUCAUCCUCCUCCUCAUCGUGCCCAAAUGGAUCCUCCGUGUCGUUCCCAUCAAGCACGCAAAGGUCGCCGUCGAAGCCGAGAGCAACUUCGUCGGCUACCUCAACCAGUUCUUGCAAGAGAAGAUCGAUGACGUGCGCAAGGGGAACAACAGCGGAGAGCAGGGCCUCGACAUCAUGGGCUCGCUCGUCCGCACGAGCUACGGAGACGGCGCGGCAGAGGGAUCCGCGCCGGGGACGACCACCUCGGGCGGCAAGAAAGGUGCGCAGGUCGCGCGGCUGACCGACUCGGAGAUUAUCGGCAACGCCUUCGUCAACAUCGUCGCGGGCCACGAAUCGACGGCAAACGUGCUGCACUUCGCACUCGUCGAGCUCGCGACGAACCCGGCCUCGCAGCGGCGGCUACAGCGCGAUGUUGACACACAGCUCGGGGGCACGGAUCCUAGCACGUGGGACUACGAUGCCGAGAUGAACCGGCUCCUCGGAUCGAUGGUCGGCGCCGCUAUCAACGAGACGUUGCGCCUCGUGCCUCCCGUGGUCGACAUCCCGAAGAUGGUCUCGCCGACACAGGACCAGCCCAUCACGAUCGCCGGCGUGCGCCACAUGCUCCCGCGCGGGUCGACGGUCGGCCUCGCCGUCAUCGCCGCGCAGCGGAACCCGCAGUACUGGCCGACGAAGCCGAGCAAGGUCAGCGACGCCGAGACGGACAUCGACGACUUCGUGCCGGAACGGUGGCUCCAGAUCGACUCGACGGCGGCCACGACGACGACGGCGGUCGAGGGUGCGGACACGGAGGACUUUGGCGGGUACGCGGGCUCGGACACGAGCGCGCAGCUGUACCGGCCACCGCGCGGGGCCUUCAUCCCGUUCUCGGACGGGGCGCGGGCGUGCCUGGGGCGGCGGAUAGCGAUCGUGGAGCUGGCGUCGGCGCUGGCGGUGAUCUUCCAGCGGUACAGCGUCGAGCUCGCGGUGGACGAGUGGGCGAGCGACGACCAGGUGGGCGCGAUGAGCCGGGGCGAGAAGGCGGAGGUGUACGGGCGGGCGCAGCAGCAGGCGCGCGAGGUGGUGCAGAGCGCCACGAGCCUCAUCACGCUCAAGCUGCACGGGAACAUGCACGUGCCGGUACGGCUGGUGCGGCGGGGCGACGAGAGGUUCGUGGAUUGGGUCGACGCGUGACGUGCAUGCAGGGUGGGAAUAUCCGGGAAUGGGGAAUACGAAAAUAAAAUGUACUCUAUAGCAAGGCCACAUGUAGGCUCGAGGCUGAGCUCGUGCGAGGCCUAGUUGCCUGUAUACCGAGUGGAAUAAUACACGUUCGUAA